UAGUGCGCAUGAUCGAGAGUAAGCGCUGAGACCACCCGGCAAUCUCGUGUUAUCAUUUGCUCAGCUCUUCAAUUUGGACUAAACUACUGUCAUUAGUGGAGAAAUCGGCGCGAUCAGUAGUAUUUGAGUUCCUAGAAAUCUUAAGCAACUUUUAAGUUAAUAACUCAACGCUGAUGGGAAGGUUUUGUUGAGGCAUUUCAGCACCGGACAGCGCUUUCUCUCUGCUUGGCUCACAAGUGCGCGUCUGGCAUGUGGCAAUGACUAUCCGUCAUAGCUGGUGGGGGGCAAAAGGAGAGAGCAUGGCGGACUCUCCAUAACAUCCUCCCCACAGCUGCUGCUAACACGAACCACGAGAUAUGAGCAUACCGGAGUUCCUUCUGGAAGUGUCCAUUGUGAUAAUAGCUGUUGUCUCUCUGCUGACCAACUUGUCGGUACUGCUAUGUUUCGUUCAGAGCAGCGAUUUAAGAGCCCAUGUACCAGGAAUCUUUAUGAUAAAUCUCUCUUUAUCUAACAUCCUCCUCAGUAUUAUCAACAUGCCUGCCACUUUUCUGGGGGUGGUCAGUGGCGCAAACCCCUUGGGGGACUUGUUCUGCCACGUCGUCAGCUUUGCCGAGACUUUUAUCACCAGUAAUGCCAUGCUGAGCAUGGCGGCGCUGAGCAUGGACAGGUGGAUAGCGGUGGUAUUUCCUCUGAGAUACUCCAGCAAGAUGCGCUACAGGGACGCUUUUCUGAUCGUGGCCUACUCCUGGCUUCACUCUCUCAUCUUUUCUCUCACUCAGCUGAUGAUGGACUGGGGAGGCUACAGCUACACUUACGCCUCAUGCACAGUUCACCUGGACUCAGAGCAGGUGUCUCAGCUGGGAAUCUACGCCACCUUCACAGCGCUGUUCCACGGUAGCAGCUUUGCGCUCUGCCUCCUCGUCUUGUGCUUCGCUUACCUGAAAGUUUUGAGAGUCGCUAAGUCGCACUGCAAGAGGAUAGAUGUAAUUACAGUGCAGACUUUGCUUCUGCUGGUUGAUAUCCAUCCCAGUGUGAAGGAGAGGUGCCUAGCGCAACGGAAGAAGAGAAAGCAGCGCGCCACUAAAAAGAUCUGCGUCUUCAUUGGCUCCUUCAUCCUCUGCUUUUCACCAUAUGUUAUCACCAGGUUGGUGGAGUUGUUGCCCUCUGUACGCAUCCCUCGUUACUGGGGCAUUGCCACCAAAUGCUUGUUCUAUGCCAAGGCUUCCAGUGACCCAUUCGUCUACUGUCUUCUGCGGCAGCAGUACAGGAAGGUCCUGGUUAGUAUUAUCAGCCGGGUUGUAGGAAAAGAUCACUACUUACUGUCUGUGACCAGUGCAAGCAGCACAUUUGACACCACAGAUGACACCUGUCUUGCCAGGAUUACUUGAGCUUGAUGUGGUCAUUUUUAAAUGAUUUAAUGCUUUGAUCUUUUUUGCAAAAGGUCACGGUCUUUAAAGUCAAAAAGGUCAGCAGAUUGAAAGAAGUGCUCAAGGACUUUUUAACAAAGAACUGUGCCAUGUGACUGUUAAAGGAACAUUAUUUUCCACUGGGAGAACUGUGAAGGACACAUAACAAUUCAUACUCAACGGCACCUCUCACCUCCGAUGUGUGCCGAAGCCUUUUCAGCCUCUACAGAUUGCUGUUUCCAUAGGGCUCAUUAGUUUGCCUGGAGAUGCACAACCAAGGAUGCACCACAUGAAAACUGCAACAUGUUUAGUACUGUGGAAAUGUAUUUAUAAAGUGUGAUAACACUGGAUUUGUCCAUUUGCUCAUUUAUUAUUGUUUUAUGCUUACAUUUUGUUUGUGUUAAUGACUGAAAUAGAGUGCAAAAAUAGAUACAAAGAAGAUGUGUGAAAUUGUUAUA